AUGUAUAACUCGUUAUCAUCUUUGCAGUCCAUGAGCAGCAACAGCGAAGUAAAUGGCCAUCAGCCGCCUUCAUCACAACAAUCAGCGCCACCAUCGGACCCUCGUUUGAGAAACGGGUCAUCCUCGGACCCACAGAGAAUAUGCCGUGACUAUGUUUGGGGUAUUUGUGGCAAAGGCACGCAGUGCAAAUUUCGUCACGACUUUGAUGUGGGGUCAAUGAAAAACAUAUUGAAGUUCUGCCACGAUUAUCAAAAUAGAACUGGAUGCGCGCGUCCUGACUGUACCUACUUGCAUACCACAAGAGAGGAGGAGAAUCUUUUCCUGACUACUGGUCAGAUACCUAGAGCGCUAGCCGAGAGACACGCAGCCAUGUUUUCUGCACCAAUGAACGUGUUUGUGAACGAGUACUUGGGCCAGGCUCCACCUCCCCCUCCACCGCCGCCGCAGCCCGCGGCCGCUCCGGUGGUGGCGCCUUCAUGUGCGACUGCUGCUCCGCCACCCCCGCACCCUUACGUGACUGCUCAGCCGCCGCCGCCCCCAGCACCUCUGAGGCCUCUGCUAGCGCCUCCGCCACCGCCGCCACCUCCGCCGCCUCCACCGACUAUGGCUACUGUGCCUGCGCAAAUGACCCCGCCUGUGUUCACAGCUCCUGCUCCAUUCAACAGUCCUGCUAUGUAUGCUGCUACUCAACAGUCACCACCUCUACCCAUGUUUGAUGCCAGCAGGCCUCCUCCACAAAUGUCAACAGUUGCACCUAAAACUAAAAAAACUGUUGUGGUAAAACGUCCGGCUGAAUGUUCUGAGGCCGGGCCAAGCAAAGCGAGAAAACUGGAGAGCUCCAAACUUGAAAGACUCUGCGAAAGCUGUGUCCAGCGGGAACUCAGGAUCGAUCUGUACCGCAAGGAGAUGAAGAAGCUGGAGUGUGAGAGAGAGUACCAAUCAUACAUCUAUGAGACCAAGUCCGAAGGAUAUGAAAAUGGCCGUCUGUUGUUGAAGUCUGUUCUUAGUCCCGAGUCGUUUCGUAUUCUCGACGAGUACGUAGAGGGAUCUUCGCAGCAGUUCAACCAAAUGUCUCCGUUUUCUGCAACUUCAACAGUGCCCCGACAGUUUCUGCUUCAGUUGAUGGAUUGCGUGUUCAAUAACUCAAGAAGUCUUUUGGACUCUCCGCCUGUCCCUAGUGUUGGAAUGGACGAGUUGUCGCUAUUACAGUCACUGACAGCGUUGACCAGGAGGUCGGAACCUAUAAACGACGCGCCGACGGAUGUCAUACAGGCAGUACUAGGCGUGCUUCGGAACUCCACGACGUUAAGCUCCUACAGAAGCCCUUCAGCCGAAGCGCGGUCGAGCGAGAGCCUGGGUGAGCGAAGAGGUGCGAGCAGCAGCGGCGCCAUGAACGGGCUGAGCCACUUCCUGAACGGGCAGAAGGCGGAGGGCGCGACGGCGGGGCCCGCGCGCUACGGGGGCGCGUGUUCUGCGAUCAGAGCUUUCCCCACGGCAAGCGCCGCGCCCCCGCCUGCCGCGCCCCCUCCCGCGCCCCCUGCGCCCCUUCCCGCGCCCGCCGCGCCCUCUCCCGCCGCCCCCGCGCCCCCAGCGGCACCGGCCCAGCGACCAGCGGUGCGACCUACCGGCCCAGCCGGCCCUACCUACCUGCCGUACCAACCGCCGCCCUCCCGGCCGUAUUACCCGCAGCAGUACCCCUCCAGCUUCAGCCAUAUGCCAAACGUAAACACGCCUUAUAAUAGUACCGCUCGGGGCCCGGCCCCCCACGCCCCGCAGCGUCCGGCCGCGGCCGCACAACCUCCGGCGCCGCCGCCACCCAACUAUAAUCUGUACGGGGCGGGCCGAUACCCCUCUCAGCCUCAUUACUAUCCUCCUUUCCAAUAACCUAGACUGAGGUACGUCGAAUUCUUGACAUCUAAUGACGAAGCUAGUCAGCGAAUACGUGCUAAUUUAGUAAUGUAAGAAAUGCCUAUUGCGACCUAAUGUGAUAUUAAAUAAGACUGAUUUUGUACCAUACCUUUCAGAUAAUAUUUUAUACAGAAACGAUUUUAUAACAUGUAUGUAAAUAAAUAGAAAGACUUAAUGCUUAUGCGGGACAGUAAUGAUGAAAUAGACAGGUCGAGCUGGACAUUCAAGAUUUCAAAGCAGCAAUUUGACAAUCGAUAUGUAGUAUUAACAUCGAACUUUCUUGGGAAUCUUGGGAAAAAGCCGUCAGCUAUUUAUCGCGCUAAAAUAGUGAUUAUGUUUUCUUAUAAAUAUGCGCCGAUGAAAUUUGUCGUAAAAUGGAAGAUAAUGAAAUACUAGUUUAUUGUUUUAUCGAAGCGACAAAGUCGCUUAAACUAAAAACUUGGCCUCAUUACUAUCCUCCUUCCUAAUAAGACUGAGGUAACGUUGAACUCUUUUCAAAUUUCUGGCGACACUAGUCAGUGACCUUUUACUAAUUUAGUUAUGUAAGAAAUGCCUUUUGCGAUCUGAAGUGAUAUUAUAAGACUGAUUUUGUACCAUAAUUUUAAAAUAUAAUUUUAAACAGUAACGAUAUAAUAUGUUAUUAAUACUGGCAUAGUAUUCAUCGUUACAAUUGUUUUUAUUCCGAUAUAGGUAUUAUCUAGGAUAACAUUUUUUGUUAGUUAAUUAUUCAAUUGGAUAUAAUUCCUUUUUACACAUUCUGCACAGAUAAAAACUGACAUUUAUUUAGCUGUUUUUGUUGUAUUAAUUGAUAAUAGAGUAUUUGAUUAAGUCUAAAAAAUUAAAACUGUUUUUUUCAUCAGACAGAAGACCAAAAAAUAUUGAAUAAGUGUUUUUCAUUUUAUUACAUCAUAAAAAGGUAAGAAAGAUUUAAAGCACUUAAAAGAAUGAUUUGUAUGGAAAUGGGUGCGAUAACGUCACUUGCUAAAGCAGACUGGUUAAUGACGUCACACGAGAUUUUAUUUUAUUGUAUCUCCUCAUUCUUGUUUACGAGAUACAAUGAAAAACAAGUAGCCAAUAUUUUUUGAAAUCUGUCUGGGGCAUUGUUUUUUGUAAGAUAUGUAUUGCGAAGUUUUUUUACCGGCUUCACAGCACUUUUUGCGUUUUGAAUGAUAAUGAUAGUAUAAAUGUAUAAAUUAUUGAUGUUGUGUUUAUUACUCAAAAUUUCUUAUUGUUGAAAAUAGUAAAAUUAUAUUUCACACCUAUAUUUAGUAAGGCUGAUGCAAUUUUGUAAUAAUAUUGUAAAGAAGUUGUUACUUAUAUAUGACUACGUUUUUACAGACACGUAAUUUAUGUAGACCGUAAAGUGUGAAGCACAUUUUUGGUAAUAUAUACAUAUUAUAGUCAUUGAGUUAGCAUUUGAAUCGGAAGCGGUAAGAUUAAUUUGCGCUUACUACUGAUUUGUGGAGCACCGUAGAGUCGAGCCAAUGCAUUUUUAAACUAUACUGAUACAUGUUUGAUGAAUUAUCUAAAUUUAUUUGGAAACUAUGCGUUUUUUAUAAAUAAGAUAGUAAGUCAUAAGUUCAAAACUAUAGUAUGACUAACUAGAGUAUGAUUACUAACUGCUGCUCAAGUAUUUACAUUUAACUUGAUCUUGUUCAGACCCAUCUUUUGACCACGACUACGAAACAACUUACAAAAAAAAACCAUUUUAAUCAACUUUGAAAAUCACACUUUCGUUAUUGAGGAUAUUGUGAAUUAUCGACUUUAUUAUAUUGACAUUAAUCGUUCCCAUAAAAACGAUAUUUUACUCUCA